UUUCUUGGGUUGUCUUUAAUGUUGAAAAUGUUCUAAUUCUUGUCUGCUCUAGUAAUUAUUUCCUUAAAAGAGGUCUUCUCUGAUGUUUGAGGCCUCACCUUGGGCUUGAUAAAUAAGAAGAUAUCUUAAUCCAGAGAGAGAGAGAGAGAUAGAGAUGGAAAGCUCCACCAUUGCCGGAAUCAUGGCGGUUUUUGCAGUUUCAGCAGGCGUAGUAACGGUGGCUCAUCAAGUUCAUAAGCGUCUCCUCUCAGAAUUCAUGAAGAAGGUCGAACUUGAGUUGGGUGGUGGCAAGGUAAAAUGUCAAUCCAAUAAGAAGGUUCGGUUUGCUGAUGAUGUGGUUGAACCGUCAUUGAACAACAAAGAGUACCAAGAGCAACAUUCAAGAUUAAUGUUGAUAAAAGUCAACGGGAAACGGGUGACAACCAAUGAUAAUGCCUCAAAACAUAAGAACCCUAAUCAAGUGUCAAAGGAUAAUAUGCCACUUAAUAGGCAUAUUCUUUAUAAAGGGAUUAUAGAGUACAAAGCAUUCAAUGGCUACUAUGUUCGUGGAUUUAGAAAACGAAUUGGAAUCAACAAAAUUGGUUGACCACAAUUUCGAUUAAUACCAAUUCCCAAAAUCCAUUUUUGUAAUCGACCGUGAAUGCACUAUUGUCCUCUUUAUCUUAUCACUGUUCUUUAUUUAAGUCAGUAA